AUGGCCGAUCCAAGAAGAGAUAUCACAUUAAGGUUAAGCAAGGAACUCUUUCUCAUACAUUACUCAGAAUCAGAACCCUUCAAACCUGAUCAGCGGAAUUCCGUUGUGCAAUUAAGACAUCAUGGAUAUCGUAUGCGCAGUUUCAUUCGUUUGAAACGUGCUAUUUUGAAGCAUGGUGUUGCUGCUAAUGCUGUGAGAAUCAACAUGACGAAACACGGGACUGAUUACUUUUUCCCUGAUAGAAUUCAUGCUGACAAGCUUCUUGAUUUUCUCAAGGGAAGACUUCCUGUGGGGAUUUCUGAGACUAAGGAACUUGUUUCUCAUGAUACAAAUGAUUAUAAAUACACUUUUUCUGCUGACCUUUGUCCUAUUUAUAGCCAGGAUUUGAUUUUUCUGCCUCCUAAAGUUGCUUCGAGUUUGGGAAAUAUCGGUCCUAUUGUGAUUUGCACCAAGGUUACCAAUAAUAUUGUUUUGUUUGAUCAGUUGAAGUCGGAGUGGUGUUGCUUGGACGGUGAUAUGUAUUGGAGGGCACCCUUUAAGUCUUUGCUCACCAUGAAUGAGUUAGUGGAAUAUGUUGUGCUCGAUGUUAAGGAGGUUUGUUCAAAGGUUAAUGUUGAUGGUAAGAAAUAUUAUUUAACUAAUGUUGAGAUUGCUCGUGUGAAAGAUUUGGGAAAGAAUGACAUGAGAUUUAAUAUCAAAACUUAUAUGGGCCAUCUUUUGAAAACUGGUGACCAUGCUCUUGGUUAUGACUUGUGGGAGGCUAAUUGUAGUGAUAGUGAGAUUGAAUUGAAGGACCACAUAGAAGGUGGUGUGAUUUUGAUGCUGAAGAGAUGUGGAGUGAAACGAUCAAUUGAUAGAGUCGGGGAACAUAAGUCGUACUUAAAAGAUCUAGAAGAAAUCACUAAUGAGGUGUUCGGCAUAUCACUAGGCAGUGAAGAGCCGUCUUUGGAGGAAGAGUUGGCUAAUCUUAAUCUAAGUGGUGAGGAAGAGAAGGAGAAGAAGAAGGCGAGGAGGAUGGCAUAA